AAGAUGUCGCUUUUUCACACCACGCGAUGCGAGCCAUUGCCGAGCAGAUCACCUAAGAGCGGGGCGCAUCAUUAUUUAGCGGGAGCGCAGCCCCCUUCGCUUCUCCGCCCCGGGAGACCACACCACACCACCAACCAGGCGAGGCAACCACGCCACGCUGCCCAUCUCUCUCCACGCCGUCCCUCCCCAGCCCCCACGCCGCCGUUUCCUGCUGCUGACCCCUCCGCCGCCAGCUCGCCGCCUACAGCAUCCGCCUCGUGCUAAGGAAACCGCGGCAGCCCUCGAUCAACCCCCCCCCCCUCUGCCGACGGCCGCUGCCCCGUCCGCCGACUCCAGGAGGGCCCGGGUCCCGUCCCGCCGUCUGAAGAACGGUGCCGACCCGGCCGAGGGUCCGUGGCAUUGAAGCUUUUAGAUCUGGACCUCGCUGCUGCGGCACCGAAUACUUGAAAGUGGUGAAGUAAGCUCGUGUAGGGGGACAGCACCCUGAUCUGACCUGAAAUUCCGAUCUGAACCUGCCUGGCGAGGUGAUGUACAACUCGCCGGUAUCCAAUGAUCUAAACCUUCCGGUGCAGCCGGGGAUGAGCUCGUCUGGGUUGCUGAGGUACAGAUCUGCGCCGAGCACACUGCUCGGCGAGGUCUGCGAGGACUUCCUCCCGGCCGAGCCCCGCGCCGCUAGCCCCGACGCCGGCGCCGACAACGUUUUCUCCAGGUUCUUGGCCGACCACCAAAUCCGGGACAAGCCGUCGUCGCCACCGCCGCCUGCCCCCGCCACGGUCCAGUUCCCGAAUGAAGCCACCAUGGCCUCCCAGCAGCAGCAAAUGAUGUUCCACUCCCAGCAGCAGCAGUCCGGGCUCUACCGCACGGUCAGCUCCGGCGCGGAGGCCGCCGCCGCCGCCGCCGGCGUUGGCACUCUGAUUCGGCAGAGCAGCUCCCCCGCCGGAUUCCUCAAUCAUUUGAACAUGGACAACGGAUACGGGGGCUUCCUGAGGGCGGGCAUGGGCAUGGGCUUCAGGAACGGCACUGCCGCGGCCGAUUCCGCCGCAGGCGGCGGGAGCGGGCUGAAGGGGCAGCUCAGCUUCUCAUCACGGCAGAGUUCGCUGAUGUCACAGAUCUCGGAGAUGGGCAGCGAAGAACUCGGAGGGAGCAGCCCCGAGGCUGCCGGUGGCGACAGGGGGUACAUCCCCGGGUACCCGAUGGGUUCUGGGUGGGAGGACUCGUCGUCGCUCAUGUCGGAGAACUUGUCCGGGAUGAAACGCCCUCGGGACUCGUCGGAGCCUGACCAGAACCACCUUGCGCACCAGUUCAGCCUGCCGAAGACGUCGUCGGAGAUGGCAGUUAUCGAGAAGUUCCUCCAGUUCCAGGACGCUGUGCCUUGCAAGAUCCGCGCCAAACGGGGAUGCGCCACGCACCCCCGCAGUAUCGCCGAGCGGGUGAGGAGAACAAAGAUCAGCGAACGAAUCCGAAAGCUGCAAGAACUCGUCCCAAACAUGGACAAGCAAACCAACACUUCUGACAUGCUGGAUUUGGCUGUCGACUACAUCAAGGAACUCCAGAAGCAGGUUAAGGUGUUAAAUGAGAGCCGCGCAAAUUGCACCUGCUCAGCGAGCAAGAAUCAGGACUCGGGUUGAAUGCCCUGGACUCCGCAAUGUACACUGAACAAGACCUAGAGACCUCAGAAACAAGAUCAUUUGGGAGAUGUAAACUAGCUCUCAUUUCUUUGGAGUUUGAAUAGAAGCAGUUGAGAGGCUUGUGUACCAGGCAGUGUCUGCUUACGAGCAAAGGGGAAUGAAGCAGUGACAUCAAGCAUUCAAGUGACAAGGAGAAGGUAUUCAAGUAAUAAGGAUAAGGGUGAAAGUUGAGAGACAUGGGAGAAACAAUUGUAUAGUUUUGCUGUAACUUUGGUAGAAAGUUACUACUGUAUUUCUACUUCUAGUAGUAGCAGCUGUACAUGUGCCACGGCAAAAUAGUAGAAAAAUCUCAAGGUGUUCAAUGGAUGCAGUAGUGUUUCAGCUA